CCUUAAUCCUAAGUCGUAAUUAGCUUCCCUCGUACGCCUUUCCCCUUUUGCUAACCUUGGCUACAAAAGUCACCGCCUUUUUUAUUUUUUGAGCCCGCGAAGGGAAACAGGAAACACUACUCUUUCCUGUUCUUUCCCAAAUACUGCCACUCCUUCCAUUUCAUCCCUCUCUUUGAUCUCAAAAUAAAUUCUCCAACUUUUAGGGUUUUUGAACUGCUCAAAAACCUAUUGGUAGUGUUUCUGCUCUACUAGCAAUGGGGAAACGAAACACCAUCGUCAUAUCCUCAUCAGACGAUGAAGAUUACGAGCCUUCUUCGAGGUUGACACGGAGCUACCAGAAGCCCAAAUCCACGUCUUCUCUUACUCGUACCAAUCCUAGUAGAGCCAAAAAGCCUCGUCUCCCGGGCUCUCGCUUAACCAAACAAUCCAGCAAUGUAGAUGAGAUGAGACUAGCUUUUAGAGAUUUUGAUGAAGUUUUGAAUGGGGUCAAGGUUUCUGCCGAAUACGAUCUAGGUUCUAGAAGGAGCAAUCCAAAGGAAUUGUGGGUUGAUAAACAUAAGCCUUCUUCUCUGGAAGAGCUUGCUGUUAACAAGAAAAAGGUUGAAGAAGUUAAGUCAUGGUUUGAGGAAAGAUUGAUGGCUCCAAAGUAUUUACAGGAUGAGGUUGGCCGUAGUUCUGUUCUCAUCCUCUCUGGGCAAGCUGGGGUUGGAAAAUCUGCCACUGUCCAAGUGAUUGCAUCUAAGAUUGGGGCUCAAUUAUGUGAAUGGAACACACCUACUCCCACAAUUUGGCAAGAACAUGUUCAUAACUCAAGUGCAGGGAUGAAUUACACUUCUAAGUUGGAUGAGUUUGAGAAUUUUGUUGAAAGAGUGAGGAAGUAUGGAUUGAUCUCUUCAUCUUUGAAUGGGAACUCAAAGUCUUCAAUCAUAUUGGUUAUUGAUGAUCUUCCUGUAACAAAUGGAAGAUCAGCUUUUGAAAGACUUCAGAGGUGCUUGAUUCAGCUUGUGAGAUCGACAAGGGUACCAACAGCUAUAUUGGCCACCGACUGUGGUAAUGCAGAUUCAUCAGACCUCACUGCAAGAUGGUUGGAAGAACUACAGUUGACACUUGAGAGUGCUGGGGCUAGUAAGGUUGCUUUUAAUCCUAUAACAAAUAAUUCCAUAAAGAAAACACUCUCUAGAAUAUGCAGACAGGAGCUAUGUAAUGUGGCUGCUGAAGAGAUUGAUUUGAUUGCAAGAGCCAGUGGAGGUGACAUCAGACAUGCAAUUACUUCUUUACAGCUCUUCUGUCUGAAACCAAAUGUGGAACUUGAUUUAUCAUCAUCCAAUUCUACUCCCAGUUGCCCAAAAGAAAAUGCAAAUUUGCUCAAUGAGUUCAGCGGUGGAUUUUCUUCACAAUAUGGCAGAGAUGAAACCCUGACGCUUUUUCAUGCAUUGGGGAAAUUCUUGCAUAACAAAAGAGACACAGAAAAUGUAGUUGCAUUAGACCAAAAUGCAUUUCGAGUAGGGGAGAAAUUCUCAAGACUUCCUUUUAAAAUGGAUUCUCCAGAAAAGAUACUCUGCCAAGCACAUGGUCAAUCAAGACCUAUUACAGAUUUUCUUCAUGAAAAUGUUCUAGAUUUUGUGAGCGAUGAGGCAAUGGAUGAUGCAUGGGCUGUGGCUUCAUAUCUUGGUGAUGCUGAUAUGCUUCUCGCUACCUCUCGAAGGACUUUAAAUAGACAUAGUGAGAUAGGGAAUGUUCUACAGUCUGCUGCUGCUUCAGUCGCAGUUCGUGGAGUUCUCUAUGGAAAUUUUCAUCCAUCACCUUCAAGAUGGCAUGCUAUUCGCAAACCAAAACUUUGGCAGAUAGAGCAAUCAUCAUCUCACAAUCAGAAUGAGAUGCUAAGGCAGAGGUUUAUGGAAGAUGGUGGAUCGUCAAGCUUUUCCGAAGUAUCGGUUAUAGCUACAGAGUAUAGACCUGUGUUAAAAUGGGUUGGUUACAGAAAAGCCGGAGAUGUUGAAACUCAUGGGUCAGAAGAUGAGAGCCUAAAAGGAAUGAGUAUAGAUGAAGAAGAAAGUGAAAUUUCUGAUGAUGAUGAUAUUGAAGAUUGGUGAGAGAUAGAUACUUAAUAGCUGCUCUGCUCAAGGAUCAAGCCUUAGUCAAAAAGACAGCCAACAGUUCAUUGUAAAAUAAUUAGUUCUGCAUUUUUUUUUUUUACUUAAAACAUAUGUAACAUUUUCCCUCUGUAAAUAUCCUCUUCUGUUGCAUACGUUACUACUUUUAGUUUCCAACCUCAGGCUAAGCAUGGACCAAAAUUGACAGUGAUGGUGUUUAAUAUAAUCCCGUAUAGUAGAGUUGGCAUGCUUUUAGAUGCAA